CGCUAUUCAGCAUAGGGUAGCUCUUAAAGAUUUUUAUGCUUUGGUCGUUGAUUAUGACUUUUCCUUUGAGGCUUUUGGUUGAAUCAAGCCUGUUUAUCUGACCUAUUGACUAGUUCACAAUGCCCUAGGUGAACAAUGCAAUCAUCUCAUCUCACCUCGAUUAUGUUGAGCUGCACCACCAUGCUUGUUGUAAUACGAGCUAUGAAUACUGCCUAUUCUAAACUACCUAAGGGGCUAAAUUUGAUAGGGCGAUCGACGGCUGUACUUGGUAUAGCACUGAGGGAUACAGUAAAGGAGCCAUACCUCACUCAACACGCUAGGUGGGAAAGCAAUGCUACCUUGAUACAUUUUGUUAGGAGUCUUUCAGUUAUCUUUAUCCUUUCUCUUUGUACUUCGUACUCUUGAUGGAUUUUCUGUUCCCCUCUCUUUCCUUGCCUUUGCCUCUAUGAUGUUUUAUGGCACACUCCCUCGACUUAGUAAAAGUCAAGGGACGAAAACAGGGAUAGGGUUUCAUUAGUACCGACUGUGCAUGCAUACACCAAAAUUAGCCAAACAUAAGGAUACAGAGCUAUUACUAGGCACAUGUUGAUAAUCCAUCAUAUCGCUCAUGUUGCCUGCCAUUGAUUUGUAUGCUGACACGGUGUCAGCUCUUUUCUUCGCCGAAGGCAUAAAAAAAAAGAAAAGAAAAGAAAAGAAAAGAAAAGAAAAGAAAAGAAAAGAAAAAGAGAUAGAGAGAGAAGAGAACUGAGAUGAUGUUUCGUAAGCCAAUG